UUCUGCUUAUGGGAUUAUUCUAGCACGUAAUGACCCAAUAUUAGUAAUGUAAGAUAAUGCAACCAUUUGUCGGAAGAAUGAUACAGCAUACACUUUAAGACAGCCGAACCCUAAAUUGAAAGAGGCACUGAAUGUACUCAUUAUGUUAUGUACUUUGUAAUACAAUACUAUGAAGUACUCCUCAUGUCAUAAAAUUCAACAGCCAUUAGGUGUGUUUGAGAGAGACUAUCACAGAUGGUGCAGCAAAUCCAUCAGAAUAAGUAUCCAGCAGAUGGAUUUGUUUUGUUUUGUUUUUUUUUCCCCCCCAUCGUGUCAAAUUGCCAUAAACAAGCAGAGAGUUUCUCGUGGAUUCUGGCCAUAAUGUCAUUACAUUUUUUAACAGGACUACGGUCGGUGAAUGGAGCCGCAGUUGCUGAGUGGCAACAUUUCUUAAUUGCCAUUCAGAGUUGGUGCUCAUGUUGUUUUACGCACCACCGUAACUCAGCUACGUGCUUGCUGGAGGAAUCCAACUGGGCGUAAAUAAGAAAUAUAUUGAAACUGAUUUAGGUCCAUCAAGUGCUACAUCAAGACGGUGUGUUAACUACGAAGCUUAAGCGAUAAAUGUAGAAUUGGCUUUUACUUUUUACAAUAUAGUUGCAUCACUGCUCGUAAAAGCAAAAUGGACAGUGGGGCAUAAGGUCACACAUCAUCUGUAUGGGGAAGUGACUUCAUUUAUUUCUCCUUGAACUGGCAUACACCGAACAAAAAAAAGAAAAGAAAUCAAAAUAAAUCUUUUUAAGAAGGAAAAUGCCGAGACAAUAAAACAUGGAACGGACUUUGCAAUUCCAAAUUCUACAACAUUGGAGGUGUUUGACAUUUGAGGUUACACUAUGUCGUUUCAAGCCUUUUUUUUUUGCACAGAAAUAUUGACGGUGAAUCUUUUUCCUUUCAGGAAGGGCUUUUUUGGGGGGGAUAAAAACAGCGUCGGUGUUUUAAGCAAAUGAUUGAAUGUGUAAGAAGUGAAUGGCUUUACACUCAAGCAUCAACCAACGAAAUCACAUACUGAUGAAAAACAAAAUUGGUCCUCUGUGUUGACAUCGUGUGUACGAGACAACAUGCUUUUACGCGGGACAAAAAAAGAUACAUGAGCACAAGAGUGUAUCAUUACGGUGUUGAGCACAUAAAUAAGUUGAAUUUCUGCACACGUUCACUCUAAAGCUGUAAAUUCUGUUUACAUUUUGCACUCCAACAAAGCAGCCUUGCAAAGGCUGCUUCAAAUGAAAAUGCAUUGUCUUGCUGCUGCUAUGUUUCAAAAUGACGUCUUUAUUCAAUCUGGCAGGACAAAUUUGGCAGCUGUGUGUGGUAGGAGUCAUUUUUUGAAUGCUGCACAUUAUUCGCAAUCAGACUUUUCUUCUUCUGGUGACCGAAAGAGCUCAAGGAAAUCCACAAGCACAAUUUCAAUAAUAGCAACAGACAAAAGGCAGUGGGAAUGAAAUGAUAUUCAUCAAAAAUACAAAAAAGUAAUGGAAAGGAUUUUGUCUGAUCUUUCGUAUGGCAAUUUCUUUUUCCACUUGUUAUUCGAGGCUUGACAGCUGAAAAGUUGCCCUGGCUGGCCAGCUAAGUGGCAAAAAUAAUUGACACUUGUCCUUAUUUCCAAAGUCAUUUUACCAUCUGUAUGAUUUUAAUGUGAUGUAUUAAGAUGAAAUUAUCAACGAUUGUUGCUUUAACAUGAGGGGAAUAACAUACUAUGCUUGAUUGAAGGAUGAGUGAAGCCAAUGAUGGCAAUGGUGAAACUGACGUGACCUUUCUUUCUUUCAUUUUCCUUCGACCUUCAAUUUACCCAUCGUGAUCUUUCCCCUGUGAGCGUUUAAAGAUGUUUCCGGCUCGCUCUUGAACAGUUCCAUUGUGUGGACAAGUUGUUUACGUGCAUGAAACCCAGCGGGGGGAGGGAGAGGUUUGUUAUUUAAGACCAGCAGGUGUCCCUCUUGUGCUGUGUUUGCGCAAACCUAAAAGCUCCAGUUUUUAAUGAGUCAAUUGCAGUACCAGAGAAAUACUGAAAAUGUUGAAUUUAAAUGGAAGCGAGAUGAUGUUCAGAACUGGUGGACACUUGAAAUAGACCGAAGACUAUGGACUAUAUAUUUUGAAAUACAGUAAGACCAUCAAUAGACAACAGUACUGUAAUUACAUUAACACAACGCAGGGUAUUAGGUUUUAAGGAACACUUUAACUGGAAAAAAAGUACAUUCAGGUAAAUAUUAAACUAUUAAAAAUCACUGAUUGGAUUGGUCAUAAUGUUGAAUUGAAUGUUGAUUUCUUGUUGUUUGCUUUUUGUAUGGCUAAGAAAACUACUGUAUGAAAUGAGGACAUUGUGUGUCCAAGUUGGGUCCACCUUUAAUCUUUUUUUUUUUUUUUUUGGUCCUUUUACAUCUUUCUCCCCAGAUGACUUGGAUUCAAAAACUGACGAUGGAAAAGCUGCUGUUAAAUCCUCAGACCAGUCAACUGAAGAGGACCUUGCAUCAGAUGACAUUAAAUCACCAGAGGGGACCGGAGAAAAGGCCGAAGAGAACCAGGAGGCCUCUGCUAAAAAUACCUCUGAAAAGGACACUCCAGUUAUCCCAGACGAAAAGGCAGAUGAGGAGACAAAUAGUCUCACAAACGGAGGUGCCAGAGAGGCAAAUGAAGCAGGAAAGAAUGAAAAUGAGGGAGAAACAACUGCGGUGUCUGGAGAGCAGUCAGAGGAGGUAAAAGAAGUGAAGGAUGGGGUAAUAUAUGACACUAAGAUGGCCUCGGAUGAGAGGAGGGCGACACCAGCUGACAGUGGGCAGGCCUCAGGUCAUAGUCAGGAGGAUGUUGCAGAUGAGAGGAUGAAAACGAGUGCAGACGUGAGUGAUGUGGCAGCAAAUGUCAGAAAGGAUGCUUCAGAUGAGAACAAGGAUGAGAUUUCAGACAAACCAAAGGAGAAGAACCCCGAUGUGUCCAAGGUGGAAGUGUCUAAUGAGGCGAAGGAUGGCGUUGCCAGUAACUGUAGGGAUGAGAUAACCGAUGAUGUUUCAGAUGACAGAAAGAACGAGGGCUGCAAUCAGGAAAGAAAGGAUGAAGCUGUCGAUCCGGUUGAGAGUAACGGUGAAGAUGCAAAUGAGAUUAAGGAUAAGGUUGGCAAAGAGAGGAGGGAGGAGGUUGCAGAUAAGCUACCAAAGGAGAAUGAGGAUGCAGACGUCGGUGAGAAUAAGGAUGAGAUUGCCAAUGAGCAUCAGGAUGAAGAUACCAAUGAGAAUAAGGAUGUCCUUGCCAAAGAAUGUAGGGAAGGGAUUGCAGAUCAGGCUCCAAAUGAGAGUAUGAGUGAGAUUCCAUAUGAAAGUGAAGAUGCAACUGUACAAGAGAAUAAGAAUAAGAUACUCAAUGAGACUCCGGAUGAGAUAAAGUCUGUAAUGUCAUCUGGGCACUUAAACAGCAUAAAUGGAGAUACCAAAGAAGGUGAAAAUGAGGGAAAUGAUACCAAAGACUGUGCUGUUAAAAAAGACAGUGGUAAUGAUCAGAAAGAGAAUGAAAAGCAGUGAUCACGGAAGGAUGUAGGCUGAUAGUUAGACCAAAGAAACAGCAAUAGAAUUUCCAAUAUCCAAGAAGCAGAGCUGAAGAUGGAAGACCAAAUAUGAACCUCAAGAUUCCAUAUCAUAUAGAGAUGAAGUGAAACUAAGUGAGGUUGGAAAAAAAAAAAACAAGAUAAAACC